AUGACGGUUCAAUUGGGCUCGAAGCUGCUCGAAGCUGCAGAGUUCAAAGAAAAUGAGAGGAAAACAUUUUCCAGUGUGUCGAUGAAAGGAGUCCGAGGAGUCAGCACUGGGUCUUUGCAACUUGACAAGACUGCUCUGCAAGCUGAAGGCUUUCGCUAUGGAGAGAUCACUUCGAUAGCGGCUGGGGGAUCAGAGGCAGAAGAGGGGAGAACUCUGUCCGCAUCAGCCAGAGAGCGCGCUGGGCCCCAGCGGACAUCCACUCGAACCUCCAAAAGCGCGACCAAGCAACGCAAGAAGCCCUCGACCUCCUCGACCGCGUAA